AUGAGAACUGAGUAUGAUUAUAUCGUGGUCGGCUGUGGUGGGAUUGGCAGUGCCGCUGUCUACUGGCUCUCCAGACGAGCGGGCAAAGAUGUUCUUGGUCUGGAGCAGUUCAAGUUGGGUCAUGACAAUGGCGGCUCCCAGGAUCAUUCCAGAAUCAUACGUAUGGUGUACAUAGAUGACAAGUACACAAGGCUUGGACAGGCAAUGUACGAAGCGUGGGAAGAGGUGGAGCGAGAGUCCGGCAUCCAACUAAAGCAUGAGACAGGAGGACUCGUGUGGACGUGUGGCAACAUGAAGGAACUCAUCAGCAGAUUCUCAGACGCCAUGGACCGUUAUCACCUGCCUUACGAAAUCCUGCGAGGCUGGGAAAUCAGUGAGCGGUUUUGCCAGUUAGUGUCCGCCCCGGAUGACAUCGCUCUGUACGACUCCCGGGCCGGUCUGGUGGACGCGGCUCUCUCCAAUGCUGUCCACAUACAGCUGGCCCGCGGGAGAGGAGCCACUGUCAUAGACGAGUGCCCAGUCACACAAAUCGAGAGAGACAACAGGGGCUACAUUAAUGUGAAGACCCCAAAGGGGACGUUUCGCUGCCGUCGACUGGUAAUCACGUCUGGUGCCUGGACCAAUGAUGUUCUUGAAAAUAUAGGAGUUAAACUGCCCCUGACCGUCACUCAGGAACAGGUCACUUACUUUGCCACACCCAACCUUCGAGAGUUCACCAAAGACAGAUUCCCGGUAUGGAUGUACAAGAGUGAGUCUGACUUUCACUAUUACGGGAUGCCCCUACAUGGAAACUCCGGGACAAAGGUUGGCACGGACGCUGCCGGUCCCGUGGUGUCCGCUAGGGGGCGUUUAUUCACGCCAGAUCCUGUCAGGGAAUAGGCGUGUGGCAGGUUUUUAGCGAACAAAAUCCCAAAGGCAUUGGGCACGAUCUUGCUAUCGAAGACGUGUCUUUACACCAUGCCCCCAGACAGACACUUUAUUUUGGACAGUCUCAGUUCCCGAGGUUACCCGGAAAUAUCAAUCUGCGUUGGCGCUGGACAUGCGUACAAGUUUGCGGGUUUACUUGGCCGUAUUCUCAGUGAGCUAGCCAUUGACGGCCGGACAGAUCGGGACAUUUCCGGGUUCCGGGUGGACAGAGACAGUCUGGCUAACUCGGAGGCUACAGCCUCCGUGGACUUGCAUUUUGGGGUUGGUGCUGGAAAGCCAAACGCCAACAUAGACUCGAAACUGUAAUGAACUACAAUAAUAUGUUAUCGACGAUAAUGAAACGUUGGUUUCUCAACUGGUUUCGAAAUGUCACGGGUACGUUUAAGUUCAACAAAAAACAAAGGGGAUUAUGUGAAAGACAUGCAAGACAUGCUUUCUUGUAGCUAUACUGGCAGUUUAAGACAUUAUAACUUCACAGUGAUUACUUUUAUGGGCAAAAUUAAAUGAAAUUCAUAUAUUUAAUGCCCUGUGGCAUAGAAAUGAGCCAUAAAUACACUAUAAUAUUUGCACUUGUGACGCAUGUAAUAACAAGUGUAGUAUACCAACAACACCGAGCUGUUCAUCAGGGUUUUCUUUAAAGCUAAAAAAUAAAUGCGUUGGGCAAUUUUGUUUCAGUGGCCCCUCCUGGCGGCUCUAAUUUGUACUUUUCGUCAUUUUCUUCAAACUACGCUCACCCUUUGGGUUACGUAGUGAUGUAACAACCCUUGUUGUUGUGAAUUACGUCCUAAAACUAGUAAAAAAAAA